UUUGUUUGAUAGUAGCAACUCCCUUCAACUACUACUUACCCACAUAAUCCACCAACCACAAUGGCCCGUCUCGAUUCUCAUUCACUCUUCCGUUUCCGCCACAUUCCUUCGACUCUCACCACCACCAACCACCGUCACCACCUCCACGUCACCAAAUCCGAGGUGUCAUCUACUGACCCAAUGUCAAAAACACUUCAAAUUCAUCCGUCAUUAGAAGUCCUCGGAGGUGGUCGUGACAAAUAUUUACCCGCUAUAGUCAAGAAUUUGGAGCACCCGUACAACCCGUUUCCGGUAAUCGGGUGGAACCGACACGUGGAGACUAUAUUCGCAGCGUUUUUCCGGUCACUCCCAGAAGUUAAGUUCCGGCGUGAGUGUUUACGGACUACAGAUGGUGGUACUGUUGCUCUUGAUUGGGUUGCCGGUGAUCAUCGACAACUUGAUCCUCUAUCUCCCAUCUUAAUUUUGCUGCCAGGUCUUACUGGAGGCAGUGGUGAUACAUAUGUAAGACACAUGUUAACUAGGGUCAGGAAACUAGGCUGGCGAGUGGUUGUCUUCAAUAGUCGUGGGUGUGGCAAUAGCCCCGUCACGUCUCCUCAGUUUUAUUCAGCAUCAUUCACCGGGGAUCUUACUGAAGUGAUUACACAUGUCAGUGGUAGAUAUCCCAAAUCCAAAGUGUAUGCUGCCGGCUGGUCUCUUGGAGCUAAUAUUCUUGUUCGUUACUUGGGUCAGGAAUCCCAUAAUUGCUCCCUCGCUGGAGCUGUGUCCCUGUGUAACCCUUUCAAUCUGCCAAUUGCAGAUGAGGACUUCCGGAAAGGAUUCAACAAUAUAUAUGACAAAGCGCUAGCAAACAGUCUUCGGAAAAUAUUCAAGAAGCAUGUCACUCUUUUUGAAGACAUUGGUGGAGAGUAUAAUAUACCAAUGGCUGCAAAUGCCAAGACUGUUAAGGAGUUUGAUGAAGGAAUGACUCGAGUAUCUUUUGGAUUCACGUCAGCUGAUGACUACUACUUGCAUUCAAGCAGUGCAGAUUCAAUUAAACAUGUUUGUACACCAUUGCUUUGUAUUCAGGCUGCAAAUGAUCCCAUUGCUCCAGCCAGGGGAAUUCCUCGCAAAGACAUUGAGGAAAAUCAGAACUGUCUAUUAAUUGUUACCCCGAAGGGCGGCCAUUUGGGGUGGGUUGCCGGAAAUGAAGCACCAUUUGGAGCGCCAUGGACAGAUCCAUGCGUGAUAGACUUUUUGCAACAUUUAGAAAGGAAAUCAUCUGAAGCCUUGUCAUCGUCUGGCGAAUCAAACAGAGCGUCGGCGUGUACAGAGGGCUUGCUAGCAGCGGAAGUGUAGCUCAAUUGGUUACUCUUUGUCAAUAGUCAAUACUACAUAACUGCUGUAGUAAUAUGAGAUUGCCAUUCUUUCUUGAUUGUGUAGAUAGUCUAUUCCUUCACUAGAAUUCCUCUUGAGAAACUCGAAGCAUAAUUUAUUGGUGGGAAAUUAACCCUGCGAGGAUUGUAUGCUUUGUUCAUUUUCAAUCCAUGAAAUGUUGAUAUAAGAGCAGCAUAUAUGACUUGUUUUUACUCUUGAUCGUAAAAACUUCGACAAGUCUUAUUGCUUUUGCCUGAAUUUUUGGCAGGAAUACAUUUCCUAGAAGACUGAAUCUUCUGAUUUUCUUU